AUGGGAGAUGCUGAAACAGGCAAGAAGAUCUUUAUUCAGAAAUGUGCUCAGUGCCACACAGUAGAAAAAGGUGGAAAACACAAGACUGGUCCAAAUCUCUGGGGUCUCUUUGGCCGAAAAACAGGACAAGCACAAGGAUUCUCUUAUUCUGAUGCAAACAAAAACAAAGGUAUUGUCUGGGGAGAAGAUACUCUGAUGGAAUAUUUGGAGAACCCAAAGAAAUAUAUCCCUGGAACUAAAAUGGUCUUUGCUGGUCUUAAAAAGAAGACUGAGAGAGAAGAUCUUAUUCAAUAUUUGAAACAGGCCACGUCUUCAUGA